GUUUUCUCAACAGACAAAAUAUGACAGACCACAACCAGGAUAUCGAUGAAUUGAACCUCCCCAUAGCGCUGAGACGCACACGCCGAACUGGGACGGGAACUGUGCGCCGCACUCCUUGUGUUUCCGGUGUAGGGCGGGGAAGUGCGAUCAAAAGGAGUCUUGCAGUCGCAUGCACAAGAGAGGUAUCACCACCUACUCCCCCCACUACACCACGGCGAGACUGGAAGAAUAGGAUAACAAAGACCGCCACCGUCCGGGGCAACAAAACACACUUGCAACUUUCUUCGGGCGCUGUCAAUGGUUUGGCGGAAGACGAGCUCUCGUCAACUGGACUGACACCCAUGGUCCGGCGCACAUCGUUGCAACCCCCCUCCCCAGCGCCAGGCUCCUCAAAGUGCACAUAUAAGAAUCACAACACAGCCACGCCAUCUCCUCGACGGUCUGCUCCCACAAAAUUAGCAUCAACACAGCAACCCAGCACCUCCAACCAAGCAGAUCUUAGCGCUGAAGCUGCCUCUAGCCACAUUCUCCCCCUUCGCCAGAGCCACCACAAGCGCCACCACACCAUCCAGACCCAACGCAGCGCUUCUCUGAGCAGCACUUCAGGCGAGGAGAAGAUGAAUCACGCCUACACCGAAUGGCGCAAAAGGGAGAGGGAAGCGCAGGAGGAGAUUGAAAGGCUCAGGGCCGAGUUGAAGGAGAAGAACGAGACGAUUGAAAGGUUUCAUCAGGACGACGAGACCGUGGAGUUGGAGUUGCCUCUAGAGUUGGAGCUCGACGGUGGUGGGAUAGUGGACGCUGAGAGGAACCCUGCGAGGUCACGGGAGUUGGUGGAAAUGGAGAGAGAGAAGGCGGAGAGGCAGACGGCUGUUAUUCGACAACAACAACAACAACAACCACGUUCGCCAGAAACACCUAACAAUCUGACCUUUCACACCGCGCUGUCAAUGAGGCAGGGCGAAGAUCUGGGGGGAAAUGGAGGGGAAGAUGGGCAACAGCAGUACAUGACUUUGGAUCACCAUCUCCGGCAUCACGACCCCGGCUCAGGAUCAGAAACGGAAGCUCUUAGCUUGACAACCUCACAAUUCAGCGAGGCUAUUCGUGCCCGUUUGGAUUGUAGCACACCCCCUCCCUCGGGCAGUCGAGCACGUCAUCAUCGUCUACUUCCGAAGACAACGACAGCAGCGACAGCAACAGCGACAGCAGCAGGAACAACAAGACUCUUUCCUACCCCACGCACCACCAGCCCCAUGACCAUGGCCACGACUACAGCUACAGCUACAGCUAGGCCCGUAAUACCCAUCAACAAACUAACCCCAGGCACGCAACUCCCUAUAACACCAUGCUCCAACUCCCGACAUGGAGCAAGGUCGAGGUCGACAUCAAGUUCUUCUUCGCGACGAACAUCGGAAGCCACCACCAUUCACAAUCUCCACCAUCUCCACCAUAACCACAACGGCGGCAUGAACGAGGAGGAGUUAGAGGAAGCCACACCAACCCGAUCAUCCAACUCAAACAGAGGAGGAGGUUUCCCAACAAACCCCGAAGAACAACAACAACUCCAAUCCGCCGAAAGAAUCGCAACCCUCACCACCCAAAACACCACCCUGCAAACCUCCCUCUCCCGCGCCCAAAGCUCCCUACGCGUAGCCCUGCAGCUAGUCAAGAAACUCGAAAUCGACAGCGAUCGACUGCGCGGCGAGACGCUCUUGCUCCAGCGGGAAAAGAGGGAGUUGUUGGAGGCCGUCAGGGAGAUGCGCUCCGAGUCGGAGAGAGGAGAAGAAGUGCUAAGGGAAAGAGUCAGGAGCGCGCUGGAGAGGAGAGACGAAAUGUGGAAGGGGCGGAUGAAGAUGCUGGGAGAGGGGAUAGUGGAGGGAGUCAGGGGUGCUUUUGAGGAGGUUAUUCAAGAUGUGUUGAUGGAUUCGGGGGUGGGGAUGGGGAUGGAUGAGAUGCCGCCGGGAGUAGAACUAGAGGGGCUGCCGACGGCGCGGAUGUCGAGGAAGAAGAGAAAGAGAGGGAGGGACGAAGAGGAGGAGGAUGCUGAUGAGGAGGAGGAGGUUUAUGAAGAAAUGCAAGAUUGGGAAGGUGGAGAUGGUGCAAGUUGUGAUUUGGGAGCUGGGAACUCAGGUGCUGGUGGGAGUAGUGGUCGCGGUAGUUAUGAUGAUGGGCUGGAGGAUAUAGAGCGCCGGACUAUGAGGGUGAGGGAAAGGAUGAUGAGGAAGAGAAGGAGGAGGACCAGUGGUUUCGGUACGGAGGAGGAGGAGGAUACAGAUCCUGACGCUUGAGAGAUUAAGGUUAAUCAUGUCUGGUGUCUGGUGAGAUGGUGUUUCAGGGCAUAUAUGGCGUUCGUUGGAGACCUCAUUGACAGGCGUUAGGCGUUGGUAUUUUGGACCACUGUCCAUGGUACACUAUCAUCUUUACGUGGGAAGAUGUGGGGAGGUCAGUCUUCAUUUAGAAGUUGACGCAUUAUUGUCUAAAUCGAGCUCUACCC